CUAUUCGCGAAUCCUCAAGGCUGCCCAUUCCUUUCUCACGGCCUUAGCGACACUUCACCGUGUACGUAUGCAUUGAUCGUUUGCCAGAGAGUGAAGUCAGACCAAAAAUAAGGGAGAAAAGUAGAUUCAUGCUUUAAGCACCGCCGAUUAACCUCGGGGUUGCACAACCAUGUCAAAUCGCUACUCAGUCUACUCCAGCCAUUCGGCUGCUUUCUCCACCGGUGGCCGAGCGUCCCAGCCAGGGGGCCAAGUAUCUACGACGACUCUGCUAAAUGCCUUGCAUACGCAUUAUACAGCCGGACAACCUUACCAAUUAGAUGCGGGGACUAGUCUAGUCGUCAAUACGUUGCUUACUGCAACACAACCAACUUCUGAUGGCCAUGUCGGGGCUACAAUAGACCGUGAACUAGCAGUCAGAGCCUGGGAACAUGCGAGAAGGAGAGCGGAGGACGGCUGUAUUGUCUUAUGCUCCGCUCACCACUCAACACCAUCCGUUUUCGAACCAUUCUUGGCAGCAUUGCCUUUGUCCACUCCCAGUGUCACUUACACAGCGUUAGCCGCUAUCCGGCCCUUCUUGACAGCGGUUACUUCCUUCAACCCUUCGUAUUCAUUGCAUUCCGCACUUUCAGCUUGCUACACCUUGACGCUGAAGGGUGAUAUCACCGGGCUAUCCUUAGCGCUCUCGACAUCCGGGAUCAACGUCCGCAAGGGAUUUCUUGACAUUCCUUCUGAACCAGGGUACCGCGCCUUUGAUGUAUUCUAUUACCUCUUGACAUCUGCAUCGACCCCAGCGGAGCGCGAGUUCUUGGAUUUACAGGAGGCCUCUUCCUAUGCUUUGCUGCGCAAGUCGGGUACCUAUGCACCCCCAUCAUAUCUCCCUACUGCCGACGAUGCUGCCGCCGCCGAGGAUUUCAGAUCUGCGCUCAAGGCGAUUGGCAUCAAAGGCGCAUCUCAGCGAGGUCUUUUGUCAGUGCUUGCUGGUUUACUCAAACUUGGUAAUGCGGCUGGCUUCUUGGUUGACCAGGAAGAUCUAGAGGAAGCUUGCGAGGAUGUUGGCGGCUUGCUGGGGAUAGACCCUGAAGUUCUUCUACACAAAGUCUCCACUGACGAGAGAGAGAUUUUAAUCGCCGGUAUUUACGAAGCCUUGGUUGACUGGGUGAUUGGGAAAGCCAAUGAGGCCAUUGCAAGCCAGCUUCAGGCGAGCCUAGAUGAUAGCAGUCGUGGCUCUGGACAAGCUGGGCAAUGGUCCGACGAUGAUACGGUAAGCAUUACUGUGGUUGAUAUUCCCAGGCCUGCCUUGGGAAAGGCCAUAGCGAUGAGAGGGGUAUUUGAUGACACUAUGGGUAUCAACGCGGAAAUGAAAGAGGACGGUGUCGUCGUUCCGUCCGCAGGUCAGGCCGUCGUUAAUGAUAUGAAUGCGGCGGUUGCUCAAGUUGAAGCCGAUCUGGGUAUCACCACUGGUCCUACGUGGCGCGAACGAGAGUAUGAAAUGGACAAGAAGCACGAAGUCCUCGAGAAAGUUGGACUCGAAGUUGACAUGGACUCGUUCCUCCGUCAGAUCCUGUUUUCCGCCGCAUCCGAGGGCAUUAGUCUGGGUAAGAAUGGCCGAUUUGAUCUUCCUACUACCCUGGGCAGCAGUCGUGUGUGGCAUCAUAUUUCCAUCCACCCUACCGACGACUUGCCCGAGAAGCUGAACCCUGGCAUGCCAACCGCGGCCUGGUCUGCGAGCGCUGUUUCUCGCCAGAUACGCGAAUGGAGACUCGCCGAAUGGGCGAACCGUCGGCUCAAGCAGAUCGACUUUACAGCCGAUUUUGACGUGGAAGAAUUUAUCGGUAGAUACUUCCGGCUCGGGUGCCGGGAAGGCAAGGAUGGUGUCGAGAGCUGGUUACUCGAAAGGGGAUGGACGAACGGUGAUGCCGUGGUCGGGCAUCAGCGGAUUUGGGUCCGGGAAAACGCAUGGUGGGAAGCUGAGACUAUGCUUGAUCUGAAGCCCGAGGAACCACUAGCAGCAAGCCCUUUCAUGUAUGGAAGUGGCAUGCUCGACCCUGGAGUUCCACAUUACGCAGGACAUCCUGUCGCAGAAUCUACCAGCCUACUCGGGAGCCGGGAUAACCUCCUAAAUAGACAAAGCACGUUGGUUCCCAGUGUAGCUGGAGGUGCCAAAUCUAUCGCGCCCAGCGCACCCCAGACUCUAAACAUGGGUGGUGAUUACGGUUUAGGCUCAAAGGGAGAUGACAAAAAGUAUGACAACCCCUACUUCGACGAUGAGGGCCGCUACUUGGGCGAGCUUGAUCCAGAAUAUGCCGACCCUAAACAUAUUGAAAAGAAGGAGAUUACUCUCGGUCGUCGUGCUUGGACUGGCUUUGUCUGGGCCAUGACUUUCUGGAUUCCAUCAUUUGUCCUUCGGUUUGUGGGAAGAAUGAAGCGUCCUGAUGUGCGGAUGGCCUGGAGAGAAAAGCUGGUUCUCGUCUUCCUUAUCCUUCUCUUUAACGCUGCCGUCUGCUUUUAUAUUAUAGCCUUCGGCGACUUGCUUUGUCCGAAUAAGGAUAAAGUCUGGAACGAGAAACAAGUGGGUUAUCACCAAGGGAACAAUGAUUACUACGUCAGUAUUCAUGGAAAAGUCUACGACAUCAGCAAGUUCUGGAAAAUUCAACACAGUGACAAAAGCAUUGAAACGACGACAGCGAACAUGGAACCUUUCAUGGGCAAAAACCUUGAUGCGUAUUUUCCUCCUCCUCUCACUCGAGUCUGUGGUAAAUUUGUGACAGAUGAGUCUAUCACAUUGAGAAACAACGACACAAACGCGGUGUUAUAUCCAAACGCCAAACACAGUUGUGGCCCUUACGCCGAAUCGGACCCGAACACAAAAUUACACAAAAUUACUUGGUACGAGAGUGUCUUUCUACCCAAGAUUGAUGAGUACUACAAGGGGAACGUUGUCUGGAAACGGAGUGAUGUUUCCAAGCAAGCAGACAGCAGUUCACGGUCCUGGGUCAUCAAGGAUGAUAAUAUAUAUGACUUGACGGACUAUUUCUAUACUCUCAAACAGAUGAACAACCAAGACAGUUACGACUUCUUGCCGAGCAGUAUCACAGAGCUUUUCAAGAACUACCCAGGUACCGACGUCACGGACAAAUGGCCUCAGACUCAAAAUGCCACUGACGCACAAAAGUGUCUUGAUUAUGUCUUUCUUAAGGGCAAAGUCGACUUCCGUGAUAGCGCUAGAUGUCAAGUCAAUAAUUACAUCCUGUUGGCGUUCACGGUUCUCAUCUGUGCUGUCAUCCUUGUGAAGUUCCUCGCUGCUCUCCAGUUGGGAUCCAAACGUCGUCCUGCGCCGCAGGACAAGUUCGUCAUCUGCUUAGUGCCAGCUUACACAGAAGGCGAGGAUUCGUUACGGAAAGGGCUUGAUUCGUUGACAGCCCUUCAGUAUGAUAACAAGAGAAAACUCAUUUACGUCAUCUGUGACGGUAUGAUUGUCGGUGGUGGUAACGACCGACCAACACCGAAAAUCGUUCUAGACAUUCUCGGUGUUGAUCCUAAGAUUGACCCUCCUGCGUUGCCGUUCAAGUCAAUUGGUCAAGGCAGUGAUCAGCUGAACUACGGAAAGGUUUACUCUGGACUCUAUGAGUACGAGGGAAAUGUUGUGCCCUAUAUUGUUGUUGUAAAGGUUGGUAAAGAGUCAGAGCAAAAUAAGUCCAAACCUGGAAACAGGGGCAAACGUGACUCUCAAAUUCAGCUUCUUGGCUUCCUCAAUCGUGUUCACUAUCGCGCCCCAAUGUCGCCUCUUGAGCUGGAGAUAUUUCACCAGAUCAAUAACGUGAUCGGCGUGGACCCUGAGCUCUAUGAAUACUGUCUGAUGGUGGAUGCGGAUACCAGUGUCCGCGAGGAUUCGCUCAACCGCCUGGUCGCUGCUUGUGCUAACGAUGCUCGCAUUGCCGGUAUCUGUGGUGAGACGAGCUUGCAAAAUGAGGAACGAAGCUGGUGGACAAUGAUUCAGGUCUACGAAUACUAUAUUUCUCAUCACCUCGCCAAAGCAUUCGAGUCACUCUUUGGCAGUGUGACCUGUCUUCCAGGAUGUUUCUGCAUGUAUCGCCUGCGCACUGCGGAUAAAGGCCGGCCGUUGAUCAUAUCAGACAAGGUCAUCAAAGAGUACGCGGACAAUGAUGUGGACACACUGCACAAGAAGAACUUACUUUCUUUGGGCGAGGACCGUUACUUGACUACUCUGAUGACCAAGCACUUCCCUACCUCAACCUACAAAUUUAUCCCGGAUGCCUAUGCUAGCACUGCCGCACCAGAGACAUGGUCUGUCCUACUCUCUCAGCGACGUCGUUGGAUCAAUUCGACUAUCCAUAACUUGGUAGAACUAGCUGCUCUGAAGGAUCUCUGCGGCUUCUGCUGCUUCAGUAUGCGUUUUGUCGUGCUGGUCGAUCUAAUUGGAACUCUCAUUCUUCCCGCCACCUGCGUCUAUCUAGGAUACCUGAUCUACCUUAUCGCCAGUCACUCCGGACAAAUUCCAUAUAUCUCUAUCGCCAUCCUGGCUGGUGUUUACGGUCUUCAAGCGAUCAUUUUCAUUGUGAAACGCCAGUGGCAGCAUAUUGGAUGGAUGAUAAUCUACAUAUGUGCCUAUCCAAUUUACAAUUUUGUGUUGCCGAUGUAUUCGUUCUGGAAACAGGACGACUUCAGCUGGGGUAACACACGUGUUGUCCUUGGAGAGAAGGGAUCCAAGCGUGUCGUCGCGGUGGAGGACGAACCGUUCGACCCACGCAGUAUUCCACUCCAGCGCUGGGAUGAUUACGCUCUCGCCAACAAUCUACCUGGUCGCCGUGGAGAUUAUGGCAUGAACCAGGAGAAGUUCUAUUCAGGUCGGUAUGACGACAUGGCUCUAGAAAUGGAUGAUAUGCAUUCCCAAUACUCCUCGGUCAAGCCUGCAUCCACCAUCUUGACCGGAUUUCCAGGGGCAGGCCGAAAUGGUAGCCCGUACAUGCCGCCACAGUCCCCAGCUCCAUUCGGAGGCAAUAUCCCGGGUAACAGACAUUCCCAUCUAUCGAGCUUUAGUCGGUACACCGAUAUGCCGCUUCAACCAGGACACCAGUCUCGAACUCUGUCCGUCGGCAAUCUCAGCCAGCUCCAAGAUCCGAUAAAUCGGCAUAGCGUAGGUCUCAUGCAGAGCACCGACAAUCUCCUAGGGGUUCCCCGGCCAAAUUCUCGCAGCCCUGUGGGUGGUUAUACCUCUAGACCUCAAAGUGCGUUUGACUUCCGCGGCAGCGGUGGACCGGAUGAAAUGGCGAUUACGGACGCUAUCCGUAGUUGCCUGGCGGAAGUGGACUUGGACACUGUCACAAAGAAGCAAGUUCGCGCAUUAGUCGAGCAGCGCCUUCAAGCGACAUUGACAGGAGACAAGCGAGCAUUCGUGGACCGCCAGAUUGACCAUGAAUUGGCAAAUAUGUAACUUUGUAGAGUCUUUGUAGAGUCUUUGCUUUCUCAUUGUUGUUUUCUGCACGCAUUACCUUAAUACAUAUCUUCGUGCGGGAAAAUGUUGA